AUGACUAUUACAGGUUUCAUAGUGAAGCCAGUGAUACAAAUGGGUAACAGAAAGAAAAGAAUUACUGCAGUAGUAACUGAUGAAUUACCACAAACUAUAGUGACUACUGAACUUUCUGAUGUUGUACACAAACUUACUAAAAAGGGAAUACAGCUGGCAGAUCCCAUAGUAGAGAACGACAAGGUAGGACCCAUUGACAUUUUGGUGGGGUGUGACCACUAUUACGAUUUUAUCUCAACAAACCCAAAAAUAAUAGAUGACAAACAUCUCCUUAACACUCCUGCCGGAUAUAUAGUUACUGGGAAAAUACCUUGCACAUACAAUAGAACCACCACAAAUGUAUCUUCGGACACAGUACAAGAAUCUGUCAUAGUUAUGAAAAUCACAUCAUCCUUUGAUCCUUUAAUGGUAUCAGAAACUCAAAUAGAUAUUCCUCCAGUACAUAAGUUAUGGGAAUUAGAUGUCAUAGGUAUAGACCCAUCACAAUCCUCACCGGAUGACCAAAUAUCAUACAAGGAGUAUCUCAAGACUGUACAAUAUGAGGACAAUCAAUACUGGGUCAAGUUGCCGUGGAAAGUGAACAAACUAGAGUUACCCACAAAUUACCGCAGAGCUUGUGGUCAAAUGUACUCUCUUAUCAAAGAACUUGAUAGGAAAGGUCUGAUACAGAAAUACAGUGACAUCAUCCAAGAACAAGUACAGUUACAAUUCAUAGAAGAGGUACUAUUGGCUCACCCGACUGAUAAGUCACAUUACCUCCCUCAUCAUGGGGUAAUGAAGGACUCUACCAUAACACCCCUUCGGAUAGUUUACAACUGUAGCUCUAAGGCACAUCCUACUGAACCAUCUUUGAAUGAGUGUUUGAUGACAGGCCCAUCAUUAACAAGAAAAUUGGGUGAUGUGCUGUUAAAAUUCAGAACCAGUAGAUAUGCCUUCACAGCUGAUAUCUCAAAGGCAUUUUUGAGAAUAGGCCUACAAGAGAAAGAUCGAGAUUUUACAAGGUUUCUUUGGUUAUCUGACCCACACAAUAUAGAGAGUUCAAUGAAAACCUACAGAUUCAAAUCGGUACUCUUUGGAGCCACAAGUUCACCUUUCUUCUUACAAGCUACAAUUGACUAUCAUCUAAGUAACUCAAACAGUCCCAUGAAAGAAUUGCUGUCCUCAAAUUUCUAUGUGGAUAAUUUUCAAGGAACCACUCAAGAUCAGGAUCAACUUUUAACCAUUUAUAAUGAGGCUAAUAAAGAAAUAAAGCUUGCGAAUAUGCCUCUCAGACAAUGGACCACAAAUAAUUCAUGUCUCCAAAAUCUGAUUAAGACGGAUUUUCCAGGAUACAAUAUCCCUAUCGAAACAUCAGUCUUGGGACUACAGUGGAACAUAAGCAAUGAUACACUGAGAUUAAAACCAGUCAAGCCCAAUAUACACCAUAACUCACUAACCAAGAGAUCAUUAGUAGCUAAUGUCAGCAAGUUAUAUGAUCUAUUAGGGUUCUUUUCACCCGUUUCCAUAAAGGGGAAACUUUUGAUACAAGACCUUGGAGACUAA